AUGGGCCCACAAGCUUAUAGCGGUCCGAUUACUUUCCAACACCUCGGUUACGCGGAAAUGAUUUUUAUGUUAUUGAGUUACUCGAUUGUAACCCCAAACGAUGCUUCAUGUAAAAGUCCCCGCGGUGCCGUUGGCGGUUGCAGCACCCCCGGCAGUAGAGUGGAUCCCUGGUGGAAUUCUGGUCCCCUCUUCCCCUCGCCACCUGGUCCCCCGAGGAUCGACGAGGGGCUAGCGGAUAAUUUCACUAGCGGCUUUCAGUUCUGCGUACCAUCGGGAAGCCGGAAUAAUUCUAACGUAUAUCACAAUCAAUCUUAUCAACAACAGGAACAACAUCAACCGCAACAGCAACAUCAGCAGCAACAGCAACAUAACUUGGUACUCGCGGCGCUUCUUGCGCCGACAUCGGUGAUUGGUUGCGCCGAUCGUUUGUCCAACUGCGAAAUUUCGGUAAGUCACGGGAACGUAAUCGGAUCAAUCAACAAUACGACGACUAAUUCAACGACGGCCGAAUCGUUGAACGGCGUAUACUCGCCUCUUACCUUGACGAGGAGAACGGAAGAAUCCUCGCGAGUUCGUUCGGAGGAAGUGAGUAACGCAUCGUUAUCGUCCGCGUCGGAUUCUCUCUCGACUUUCUCGACUUCGAAUUUAAACACGUCUUUAUUAAGUUCCUUACUUUCGACCUCGAGUAUAUCCUCGUCGCCUUGUAGAGGCGAUAACAACGAGGAGGAACUUAUAACGAGAACUUGUAUGAGGCUGGAAGAGGAUCAACAAUCACGUGAACAAAAUCCGGUUCACGAUAAAAUUGAAUAUACUUUGGCACAAGUCUCGCAGGAAUCAUUGGGAAGCGAAGAAAACGAGGAUUUGACCGUCGCGUUGCCUUACGAAAUCAUCGCCGCUGGACGGAGACAAGUGAGAAUUCCGAGUGGGUCAUCUGUUAUCUCUCCAUCUGGAGAUAUUGUUCUCGAUAUGAAAUACGAAACGCAGACAGGUCCUUCAACGGUACCACCCCAUUUGACGUCGACCGGUGUUGAGCCACCUCACAGUAGUCAGGGAAGUGGUAUUAUCGGUGGUUCGGAAGCCGAAGAGGUCGGCGUAGAUAAUCUCCUCUUGUCAUCGUGGGGCGCUACCGGCUCGGAUUAUCUCGAAUCAUCAGAUAUAAAACAAAAUACGGUUGGACUACAAGACAGUUGGGAUACAUUACUUUUGGGAACUACGGUCGAGGUAACAUCUGUACAAUCUUUGGCAGAACUCAAACCUUUACCACCAUUCACUGGAUACACUGGACACCUUAGCAUUAAUGGAAUAUCUGGCCACCAUUAUCACACGAUCGCCUCGUCGGGUCAAAGGUCGUCUUUACCUUCUUCAUCACCGACACCUUCCUCCAAUCAAGAGUAUUACGAGUCAUCCGUUGUUUCCUCCAGUACACCUUGCCCUCAAGCCACUCAGAAACAGCAGCAACAACAACAACAACAACAACAACAACAACAACAACAGCAACACCAACAAUCACAACAUCAACAACAGCAACAAUUAUCUCAGUCGACGCAACAGGUGGAAUACGAUAUCGAUGAUAUAGCGGAGAUUAUUGGAUCAGCGAUAGCGGAUACGACAACAGUACCUGAUGAAGGAGAGAACGGGACCGAGGAACAGCCCAUAACUGAUAUUUCCAAAGAUUGGAUCGACAUCGCAGAUUGGAUACAAUCCGUUUCACCUAAGGCGCAAGUUCCAGCCGGUUGUGCGCAAAUUUACGCAUCAACCCCGGCCACGACGCAAAUUCAACAACAAGCUUCGACCCUUCAGAGCUUGCUAACUCACGCAUAUUCGCCGCUUCUUCAUGCCAGGUUACAAUCUGGAAAUCCUGGCAUGCAAAAUGCGUCUUGCGGCGAGACACCUUCGUCAACGAGUCCAUUUCCGCCUGUCAGUCCACCCGGGAGAGUUUCAACGUCGUGCAGUCCUGACCUCCUCCAUUCCUCUUUCGCGGCACCGUCACAUCCGCGAAAGAGGUCACGACCUGGACCGGGUUCUCAAAAUACUUCGAAGAAGAAUCUAGCUUCGAGCACGGGGGCGUUAACUUACGGCUCGGAAUCGGGUUUGAUCGGUGGCAAAGAAAAACCCGUACACAGGUGUUCGAUUUGUAAUCGUGGCUUCCUCAACAAGAGUAAUAUAAAGGUACACCUAAGGACGCACACGGGAGAAAAACCAUUCAGGUGCGAUGUUUGUGGUAAAGCUUUCAGGCAAAAGGCCCAUCUGAUUAAACACCAACAGAUUCACAAACGAAUUGGAAGGGAUUAA